AUGGAUGACAAUGAAACAAAGAUCCAUUUGUACCAAGUGAAGAUUGUACCAGAUUAUCAGCCAUCUGAAAGAUCUAUAUUUUUGUAUUUUUGCGAAGCUACGACGUCUAGUCCAACAAACGAAGCUACAACGUCUACUCCAACUAGUGAAGCCACUACGUCUUCUCCAACAAGCAAACCUACGACGUCUACUCCAACUAGUGAUGCCACGACGUCUACUCCAACAAGCGAAGCUACGACGUCUAGUCCAACAAGCGAAGCUACGACGUCUUCUCCAACUAGUGAAGUCACGACGUCUACUCCAACAAGCGAAGCUACGACGUCUACUCCAACUAGCGAAGCCACGACGUCUUCUCCAACAAGCAAAGCAACGACGUCUACUCCAACUAGUGAUGCCACAACGUCUACUCCAACAAGCGAAGCUACGACGUCUACUCCAACUAGUGAAGCCACGACGUCUACUCCAACAAGCGAAGCUACGACGUCUAGUCCAACAAGCGAAGCUACAAAGCCUACUCCAACUAGUGAAGCCACUACGUCUUCUCCAACAAGCAAAGCUACGACGUCUACUCCAACUGGUGAUGCCACGACGUCUACUCCAACAAGCGAAGCUACCACAUCUCCUCCAACUAGUGAAGGAACGACAUCUACUCCAACAACUGAAGGUACCACGUCCACUCCAAGUAGUGAAGGAACGACAUCCACUCCAACAACCGAAGCUACCACGUCUACACCAGUGGUGGAAGGAACGACGUCUACUCCAACUAGUGAUGCCACGACGUCUACUCCAACAAGCGAAGGAACGACAUCUACCCCAACAACCGAAGCUACCACGUCUACUCCAACUAGUGAAGGAACCACAUCUACUCCAACAACUGAAGGUACCACGUCUACUCCAACUAGUGAAGGAACCACAUCUACUCUAACAACUGAAGGUACCACGUCUACUCCAACUAGUGAAGGAACGACAUCUACCCCAACAACUGAAGCUACCACGUCUACUCCAACUAGUGAAGGAACGACAUCUACCCCAACAAGCGAAGCUACCACAUCUACUCCAACUAGCGAAGCCACGACGUCUACUCCAACAACUGAAGCUACCACGUCUACUCCAACUAGUGAAGGAACCACAUCUUCUCCAACAACUGAAGGUACCACAUCUACUCCAACUGGUGAAGGAACGACAUCUACCCAAACAGCCACCAGAGCUACGUCUACCCCAACCAGCGAUGGAACGACAUCUACCCCAACAACCGAAGCUACCACGUCUACUCCAACUAGUGAAGGAACCACAUCUACUCCAACAACUGAAGGUACCACGUCUACUCCAACUAGUGAAGGAACCACAUCUACUCCAACAACUGAAGGUACCACAUCUACUCCAACUAGUGAAGGAACGACAUCUACUCCAACAACCGAAGCUACGACGUCUACUCCAACUAGCGAAGGAACGACAUCUACCCCAACAACCGAAGCUACCACGUCUACUCCAACUAGUGAAGGAACGACAUCUACCCCAACAACCGAAGCUACCACAUCUACUCCAACUAGUGAAGGAACGACAUCUACCCCAACAACCGAAGCUACCACAUCUACUCCAACUAGUGAAGGAACCACAUCUACUCCAACAAGGGAAGCUACGACAUCUACUCAAACAAGCGAAGCUACGACAUCCACUCCAACAACCGAAGCUACCACGUCUACACCAAUUAGUGAAGGAACGACAUCUACUCUAACAACCGAAGCUACGACGUCUACUCCAACUAGCGAAGGAACGACAUCUACUCCAACAACUGAAGCUACCACGUCUACUCCAACUAGUGAAGGAACGACAUCUACCCCAACAACCGAAGCUACCACGUCUACUCCAACUAGUGAAGGAACGACAUCUACCCCAACAACCGAAGCUACCACGUCUACUCCAACUAGUGAAGGAACCACAUCUACUCCAACAACUGAAGGUACCACGUCUACUCCAACUAGUGAAGGAACCACAUCUACUCCAACAACUGAAGGUACCACGUCUACUCCAACUAGUGAUGCCACGACGUCUACCCCAACAAGCGAAGGAACGACAUCUACCCCAACAACCGAAGCUACCACGUCUACUCCAACUAGUGAAGGAACCACAUCUACUCCAACAACUGAAGGUACCACGUCUACUCCAACUAGUGAUGCCACGACGUCUACCCCAACCAGCGAUGGAACGACAUCUACCCCAACAACCGAAGCUACCACGUCUACUCCAACUAGUGAAGGAACGACAUCUACCCCAACAACCGAAGCUACCACGUCUACUCCAACUAGUGAAGGAACCACGUCUACUCCAACUAGUGAAGGAACGACAUCUACUCCAACAACUGAAGCUACCACGUCUACUCCAAUUAGUGAAGGAACCACAUCUACUCCAACAACUGAAGGUACCACGUCUACUCCAACUAGUGAAGGAACGACAUCUACCCCAACAACCGAAGCUACCACAUCUACUCCAACUAGUGAAGGAACCACAUCUACUCCAACAACUGAAGGUACCACGUCUACUCCAACUAGUGAAGGAACGACAUCUACCCCAACAACCGAAGCUACCACAUCUACUCCAACUAGUGAAGGAACGACAUCUACUCCAACAACCGAAGCUACCACGUCUACACCAACUAGCGAAGGAACGACAUCUACUCCAACAACCGAAGCUACCACGUCUACACCAACUAGUGAAGGAACGACAUCUACUCCAACAACCGAAGCUACGACGUCUACUCCAACUAGCGAAGGAACGACAUCUACCCCAACAACCGAAGCUACCACGUCUACUCCAACUAGUGAAGGAACGACAUCUACCCCAACAACCGAAGCUACCACAUCUACUCCAACUAGUGAAGGAACCACAUCUACUCCAACAACUGAAGGUACCACGUCUACUCCAACUAGUGAAGGAACGACAUCCACUCCAACAACCGAAGCUACCACGUCUACUCCAACUAGUGAAGGAACGACAUCUACCCCAACAACCGAAGCUACGACGUCUACUCCAACUAGUGAUGCCACGACAUCUACUCAAACAAGCGAAGCUACGACGUCUACUCCAACUAGUGAAGCCACGACGUCUAGUCCAACAAGCGAAGCUACGACGUCUACUCCAACUAGUGAAGCCACGACGUCUUCUCCAACAAGCAAAGCUACGACGUCUACUCCAACUAGUGAUGCCACGACGUCUUCUCCAACAAGCAAAGCUACGACGUCUACUCCAACUAGUGAUGCCACGACGUCUACUCCAACAAGCGAAGCUACGACGUCUACUCCAACUAGCGAAGCCACGACGUCUACUCCAACAAGCGAAGCUACGACAUCUACUCCAACAAGCGAAGCUACGACGUCUAGUCCCGCAAGCGAAGCUACGACGUCUACUCCAACUAGUGAUGCCACGACGUCUACUCCAACAAGCGAAGCUACGACGUCUACUCCAACAAGCACAGCUACGGCGUCUACUCCAACUAGUGAUGCCACGACGUCCUCUCCAACAAGCAAAGCUACGACGUCUACUCCAACUAGUGAUGCCACGACGUCUACUACAACAAGCGAAGCUACGACGUCUAGUCCAACAAGCGAAGCUACGACGUCUACUCCAACUAGUGAAGCCACGACGUCUUCUCCAACAAGUGAAGCUACGACGUCUACUCCAACAAGCGAAGCUACGACGACUACUCCAACUAGUGAUGCCACGACGUCUACUCCAACAAGCGAAGCUACGACGUCUAGUCCAACAAACGAAGCUACGACGGCUACUCCAACUAGUGAAGCCACGACGUCUUCUCCAACAAGUGAAGCUACGACGUCUACUCCAACGAGCGAAGCUACGACGUCUACUCCAACUAGUGAAGUCACAACGUCUACUCCAACAAGUGAAGCUACGACGUCUAUGUCGACAAGCGAAUCAACGACUUCCUAUCCGAAAACUACAUCAAGUACAUCCACAACUUCGACAACGCCAACUAAUACUACGACCACCACCACAGCAGUUCCCAUAGGCCCUACUAAAUUUCCAUUUCCUGACGACAGCUCUUCAAUGAAGAUUAAAUCACACAAUGGUUUAGUUUUAGGAGGUCUCCUACUUCUAGUGCUUAAUUAUGUCUUUUAACAUCCACAGUUCUAACAUAGUGACAUCUACAUUAUUCCUAUUUAUAAAUAAUGCACAAACAAGCAUAGUACCGUUUGACCGAAUAAAAACGGCGUCAGCGGUGUCUAUGAACUGACUAUCAAUGACAUUUCUUAUAUAAAUUGAAAUAUAAAAUGACAGCGAUCCUCGUUUCAUAGCCAUCGCUGACGCCUUUUUUUCGGUCAUACGGUAUUCACCUUAUUCCUAAAGUAUUUAUGUUACAUUAUAUGGAUCUGUGAUAAUUAUAACUUUAAAACAUGUUCAAUC